GUUAUUAACUGUGUUACCAAGCAAGGCGACAGCGAUGACAAGCAGAGGACAGGAUGGCAAGAGAGCCUUUAGUGAGCUUUGCUGCAUCGACUUCAUUUUGGACCUUUCCCCCCCUCGAUUCGGCUCUUCUGUACCGAGGACUUUACGCUACUACCACUGGGCGGCGCUAUUGGGACCAAAGUCAUGGCCUUGGAUCUUCUGCUCCAAACGGAAUGCAGGUUGGUGCAUUAAGACGAGGUGUGGAAACAUUCUGCUCUGCCCGCUUCUUUUUCUGCUUGAGCUCCAUGAUGGAUUUCUGUUCGACUCCUACGUAGCCUGAAAGUGGGAGGGGACUGUCCCUUCUUCCUGCGUUUUCAUUGGUUUUACAGUCCUCUCGGCGGUGAGGGGGGUGCCUCUAAUCAUAUCCAGCAUGUUUUGCACAAGAAAUGUCAGCCAGAAAGGGCUAUCUUCUCCCUUCGCCAAAAUACACUACAAUAAUGUCAUGUUCGGACAGCCCGUCUGGAAACGCAUUUUUAGUGGACUCCCUGAUCAGCGCCCGCACCGAGAGCGGCGGGGGUCACUAUGCCGGGAGUGCUGUGUGCGUGCCGCACAGCACCGCAGCAGAAGUGCCUUACGGACUACACAACUAUGGAUACUUCCCAGGUAUGACUAAACGGAGCGAGGUCGGUCCCCAGAAUGUGGUGUCCACCUCAGGUGCAUACAUGUCCAGCAUGGAGAUGUGGAUGGACGCGCAGAGGUCAUGUCGUAUGGACCAAGAGCACUCUGUGGGUCCCCAGGUCUCACCGUGCACGUUCCCGCAGAACAUCAAGGAAGAGAGCACCUACUGCCUGUACGAGCAGCCCAAGUGUCCCAAAGCGUCCACCGCCGAAGACCUCACAUAUUCAAGAUUGACUUCUUCUUGCACAGUCACCGAUGGCGGCGGCGGUGGUGGUGGAGUUGGGGGCGGCGGGGGGUCGGUGCCUGUGCCGGGCUUCUUCCGCUUGUCUCAGACGCACGCACAUUCUCAUAAACUUUACAGCGCCAACAACGGCCCCCAGUCGAACCCUUCCCCUUCCCAUUCUCAUUUUGGCCUGCAGCACCCCGCCGAUCACGCUCGCUUCCACUCGCCGCCACCAACCUCUGCGUCUGUCCCAGCUACGGCGGAGAAGAAGGGGAAGGACGCGGUGGAAACAACAGAUCCGCCGCCUCAAGCUGCGUCGGGCACCGAGGAGGGGCGCGACUCCUCGGACGGCGAAGCCUCCUCUGCAGAGGAGGUGGAGGAGAAUGACAAGGAGAGAGCAACAAAGGCCAAUAAAGGAGACACAAAAAGCGAAAACACGGCCAACUGGCUGACAGCGAAAAGUGGCCGAAAGAAACGCUGCCCGUACACCAAACACCAGACGCUGGAACUGGAGAAGGAGUUCCUCUUCAACAUGUACCUGACCCGAGAGCGCCGCCUAGAGAUCAGCAAGAGCGUCCACCUGACGGACAGACAGGUCAAGAUAUGGUUCCAGAACCGCAGGAUGAAGCUUAAGAAAAUGACGCGGGAGAAUAGGAUCCGGGAGCUCACCUCCAACUAUGGAUUUUCAUGAUAAACAACGACUCAAAUGGGAACAACAAGUUUAGAUGAAUUUAUUGACAAGCUAUCCUCCGAAUUCCUCAACUCCAUGCUCAAAGUCUCAUUUCCCUGAGAGAUUCAACCUUCUCUAGUUGCCCAUCAUCGUAUCUGACCUUCUGAAAAAAAGAAAAAAAAGAGAAAAGAAAGCGAAAAUAAAAAACAAAAAUAAAAAACAAAAAAAAACAAAUCUAUGGAUGUUUUAGCUGUGACUGUUUCUCAUGUUUUUGUAUUGUUACAUCUGUUGUAGGAAAGAAUCAGUGCAGUUGAAUACACUUCACUACCCCGACACACCCCUACGCACGCACGCACGCACACACACACACACGCACACACACACACACACACACACACACACACACACACACACACACACACACUCUAUUUCUUGACAAAAAUGUUUGCAAAUUAUUAGGUUUAAAUUCCCAAAUGAGCCGCUGUUUAAAUUUGGAAAAUAUUCUCAUUAAUUCCUGGAGUUGUGCAUAAGAUUUCCACACAAAUUCACUUUUGAAUAAGGGAAUCUCCAAGGCUGAAAAAUCAAUCAGAAUGUGAUGUUCCAUGAGACGUGGGCUGCCUCUACACGUUCGAGUUAAAUGUGUAAAUUGUAACUUUGUUCACGCUGAGAACAAAAGCAGUGUGAAGGAGGAAUAUUUUUUGUUGUAUAUUUCUGUGUACAGGUGUGUUUUUCUUUUUGUGUAAUGCCUAAUAAAUUAUCAGCUCGGACUCAGGACUAGCAGCUUGAAUUUUUGCAAAGUUGAUUUCAAUAUGUUUUGCUUGUUAGUACAGGGGUAAAAAAGAAAAACUGAUUAAAUAGUCAACGUUUAAAAUCAAACAGACUUCCUAACUCUGGAGAUCCUUUUGUUUUGUUGAGAAAGGACCGUUUCUGAGACCAUCGGAAAUAAUUAAGAUAUUAGGCUGUAUAAGCCGUCCUGCUGCAUGCCCAGCCGGCUAUUGUAGAGUUUUAUGACUGGCUGGUAUAUGAGCUUUCUCCCUCUCCUCGAAGAGCUGCUUCAGUUGUGAGAGAGCCUGUCGCACGGAGAGGAGGCCCGUCUCACAGGCUAUUAGUAAUCCGAAGACACUGUGGAUAAACUGUUUCUAUACGCUUCAAUCCGGGAAUUAAUGGGAUAAACAGACCGAGGAUUCUGAUCCAAACCGAAAGCGGGGCAGGCAGACAUAUUCCCGGCACCAGACCCUGGAGCUGGAGAAGGAGUUCCACUUCAACCGGUA